AUGACUGUGGUUUCCCAUGGAGCUGAAAAGCAGGCAAGUGCUUUUGAAAUUUCUGCCUUGCCAGUUGAACCAGUUCACAAGAUGGAUCACCAACAGUAUCAAAGUCUGUUAAAAAAGAUGUGCAUGCCUGUUGUGAGAGGUCCUGAGAACAGACAUGUCUUUGCCAGCUUUGAAGAGAAAACCAGUAAUUAUUUCCUUAAAUUAAAUCCAUUCACCUCUCCAGUAGGGCCAAAUUACCCUUUAUUCCCACACUGGGAUGUUGUGCCUUUAGUAGAUCCCUGCUCAGGUUUUGUGAGUCCAGGAGCAGAUGCUGACCUGCAGCCCAAUGUUGGAAGAACUAUGGAAUCCCCAGUAGACUACAGUGAUGUGAAACCUCACCAGCAGGUCCAUAUCACAGGAAAGAGAGGCCAGCCUGCCCACAGGAGGCAGAUGAUCCUCCUGGAGAAAACCAACCAGGACACAAGGUGGAACUCUGGGGCUGUGUAAGCUGCUCCUGUCAGGACACAAUUCAGAGGUUGGAGAACUGCAGUGAAAGUUGCUUCUGCUCUACCUGAGCAAAACCAUAUUUUGGCAUUUUGUAUGGGUCCUGAUCCCAAGACAAGUGAAUCAAGUGAUUCUUCUGCAAGGUGUAUAGAAGAAAAAGCAAGGGAUUAUUUCUGCAAGUAAAAUACUAAAACUUAUAAAGAAGUUCCUUGAGAAAAUAUGUUACCUUCCAAAAUCCAGCCUCCAGAAUCAACAGUGGAAGUGUUGGAUGAUCCUGCUUUCCAGUAUUUCACAAAAAGGAGAUACAAUACUGAACCUGAAAUAAGCCAAGUUGUUGGAGGCUUCUGGGGCAGAUUUCAAACAACAUCUUUUACCUCUCUACAGAAAUAUGUUGAUAUUGUAUGCUGAAGCUCUCAAAUCUGUCAUAUCCCUUUAUAUACAUAAAUACAUGGCUGUGUUGCUGAAGUAAAUUUUUAAGACGUUGACAAUGCUAACAUAGACUUAAUCCUACUUAAACAUGUAACUUCAAAGCCUUGCUACACAAGCACUUCACACACUCCAGAUAUCCCUGAAUAUACUGGCAAGGUUCAUUGAUCAGCAACUCACGCGGAAAAUUCUAAUCUUCCAACAACAACCCCAUCAAUAAUUCCACGAAUGCAUGGAUACAUAGCAAAACAUGGAAGCUCAUCUCAGUAUAAUCACCACAGACCUUUUUCUCAAGGGGUGACUCUAGUUAGUUCUCAAGAUUCUUUCAACAAGACAGAACGAGAAACUAUUACAGUUUAA